AUGUAUUCAUCAAGUGUGCUGUUGAUCGUUUCUUUAUUUUCAACAACAACAUCCAUCAUCAUUGUUGAUCGUAUUGAAAUCAACACCAAUCCAAAUAUUGUAAACAUGACUAUUGAACUGCUUAAUGAUGGGGUUCACAGCACUUUAAUUAAUUCAAUCUUCCAGACAAAAGUCGUCCUCACAAAAAUAAAAAUGAUUACACUUGUCAAAGUUCCAGAGGAUAAUAAAGAUCACAAAUAUCUAAGAGUAAUCUAUCGAGUGUCAAUGGAUAUUGGAGAAUAUAUAAUCAAAGGAACAGUAAAAAAUAUGUUCACGCAAAAGUUGUCAGAUGGAAUAAUAAAAGCAUUGGAUUUCGAACCAAGAUUUCCUUUUCCAAUAGGAACAUUCAGUAUUUCAAACUACACACCUCCAGACGAUCUUCUUAAAAUGUUACCAACUACAAGAGUUAUUAAAGGAAUGAUUGAAUCUCGUUAUGAUGUUAAAAUUCUAAAUGAUAAAAGGAAAUCAGUUAUUGCUUGCAGUUGGAAAGCGUAUGGUGAAGUGAGACCAAACAAAGUGAACAAUUAG